GACCGCUGGACGUCGGGGCGUCCAUAUCAUCCACUGACUGUCGCCAAAUCGCAACACUUUGACCAUGGGCCUUUUACUGCACAGUGUUCAAUUUGCACAACCUCAAGCGAGGAUCUUCACCAAAUCCAUCCCUUAACAAGGCAUCACCAACUUGUUACAGUGACUGAACUGGGCUUGUUUUGCAAGUGUUGGUUUCCGACGGCCAAGACAACGUGGCGCGUAUCGUCUCAACCAAACAUUUCAGCCAGCAGCGUCAGGUCCAGAAAGCAAUGAUGGUAUCAGUAUUACAUAUACUGCAGAAAGCUCCCCUGUUCAUCAAUCAGUAACAUAUUGAUCAGUCCCCGUCAUAUAUGGCACCUCAAAGUUUGGGUGGCUUAAGUUCCGGGGACGUCGAUCCAGUCGCGUCUUCGUUUUCCCGAGCCACUCAGGCUGUCCGCAAGUGCCUGAGCCGCGUGGAUCAAACAAAUCACACAGUCCCCCUUCCGGCCGUCUGCGUGGGCACCAACACACAAAAACAUGGCUCCGCUUUUGACGGCUGACAAGUGAUACCAGCUGCUGCGGCGGAAGAAAACGCCCAUGUUGUAUCAUAAUUCCUGUGACGGAAGCUACCGUUGCUAGAUAGUUGGCCAACUGCCAAAAAAAAAGGUCAAUCUACCAUAGAUGACUGGAAGUCUUGGCUAUAGGCGGCUUUGAAGCCAAGACUGGACAAGGCAUCUUCCGAUCACACCGUGACGUUUCACUCCCUGGAGGGCUUGAUGAUGGGCGCAAACGCAUAUAUGCUCAUUCGCCUGCCUGCCUGCCUUUUGCAUUUUUGCUCCUUUUGGUUCUUUCUUUGCCUUCUAGCCACUGGGUGUCAUUUCUGUUCGUCUUUUUAGUAAUUACAUACCAUUCUUUGUUUCAAUUUAGCGAGAGCUGUGCUCCGAUUCGUUCACUACCAUCUUUCACUUCUUUUUACUCUUUUCAUUCAGAAUUCCAGUCUUAUCAGUCACAAUGAGGUAUUUCACUUCAUUCAUCAUCCUUGCGGCAUCGCUUGCUGCCGCAGCCCCAGUGCCCGCGCCUUUGCCAUUGCCCGAGCCGCAGAACGACAGAGCCAAUAAUGGUGCUACUGCCAUCGAGGCCGCUGUCGAUAUUGCCUUCGCCACCGCUCUCGGCCAGGCUGGUGUCUUCGGUCAGAGCUCUGGUCCAGAGUUUGAGGCCGCCCAGAACCAAGCGGCUCGAGCCGCCGCCCAAGUCGCUGCCGACGCUCUUGCGGCGAACCAGGCUCAGGGCAUCCAGACGGAGCUCGAGCUAGAUCCGCCUGUUCAGGCCGCCUUGGAUGAGAUUUUGGGGAACAAUAACGGGAACAACAACAACAACGGGGGCAACAAUAACAACAACGGUGGCAACAACGGAGGCAACAACAACGGAGGUGGCAACAACAACGGAGGUAACAACAACAAUGGCAACAACAACGGGCAAAACAACAACAAUGGUGGCAACGACAACAACAACAACAACAAUAAUAAUAAUAACAACGGCGGCAACAAUGGCAACGGAAAUGGAGGAGGCUUUGGCGGCUUCCGAGGCUUUGGCGGCUUCGGUGGUGGUUUCGGUGGUGGUUUCGGUGGAUUCCGAAGAGGCAGAGGACGCAGCUAGGCUCGACAAAAGACCUUGAGCUAAUGAAGCCAGUGGUUAUGGUAAAUGUAAACAAAUGUGAUGAAUAGCCAGCAAUAUCCAACUCGGUCAAACGGUGUAUCCGACUUGGAUUUUUUGGACACCCGCAAGAUUAACAGACUUAUAAGACCAUGCAGCAAAUUUUAUAUGGCAGUUAGGGA